GCGACGCAUUUUAGAGGCUUGUGAAAUUUGUUCCUCUACGUUCAUAGGUAAGCAGAAAGUUGCCCAAUCUCACCAUCAAAGUCUUUGAUACAAAAUGGACUGAGUAUUGAUCAAAAGAUCGUUAAUCGAGGAGCGGAUAAGGAGGGGCAAUGUUUGAAUCGGUAAAGCGCGCUUUUGCAGCUGCCCCCGAAAUAAUUGUAGAGCGAUCAAUCACCACGUAUGACUGCAAAAGAGAAGUUUCGCAUUCAAAGAUUGGUGGUCUGUGCACUGGGUGGGACAAAAGCAGAGUUGAUGCUGCGCUACUAUGUCAUUGAAAAGGAAAUCUUUGAUAGGUAUUCAAAAGCACAACAGUGAUAAAUGCGACGGUUUAGUUGAGCAAGAUUCCGAAAACAGUGAAUAUCAGAGCGUUUGUUUGGCGUACACAAAGCUCAGAACGUGUUUAUAAAUAAGAUCCCGUCAACCAAACUCUUGCAUUUAUAAUCGGCAACCUUUCAACAGUGUUGGUUCCUCUUUAAAGAUGGAUCAAGAUAGAAUUGCUCGUAUGAAGAGGACCGUGGAAAUGUUAGGGCAACAGAAACGUGAUGCAGAGGCAAGACGAUUUGGAAGAAUUGAUUCUCAAGUGAAUCAGAUCAAGAAGAACGGGAUGUGGACCCUACACUUGGGACAAGCACCGACAACAAUCAACGAAGGGUUAAGCGGAAACGAUCCAAAGACCCCAGCAACAGAUCAACGACCACCUUGAGUUCAAGCAAUAUGUUGGAUACAAAUCGAAAUGACUUUUCUUCAACCUCAGCGACCAAAGUAUUCGAGGAUGAUAGAUUGAAGGCUUUUUGCCAAAAGAAGAGGAGUCAUCGCUAUACUAAACAUGGUAUAAAUGACAUUGUCUAUCGGAUUUGGUUCGCUCCCAAGCAAAACGUACCACUUUUGGUGGUAAGUUUAACAUCCAUGUUUAAGGAAGUCAUAAAGUAUAUUUUGGAAAAACUCCAACAAGCUGUUUCCGAGGAAGAAAAUCGUCAAAUAUACAUGGUAAGAACUAACGCGAAUGAAAGUUUAAGCCAGGCCAUGAUUUGAUAAGCUCCUAUGGAUUUCAGACUUUCAGCGCCGAAGGAAUAAAUCACGGAUUAAACACAGGAAACUUCAGCAUGCACACUGACGUCCGAAUAAUAUUAGAUAUCAUGAUGGAAAUAAUGUCCAAUUAUUUUCGAUCUAAUCAGGCGUUAGAGUUGAACCAUGGAGUGGAGCUUAGCGUCAAGAUCUUGUCUCUUGAGCAUGUGGACCACAAAAUGGCAACACAAGGUUUUAUACCUCAGGCUCCAAUCAAUCAAGAAGCAGGGGCUGGAGAAUUUCAAAUGUUUCCAUGGGAAUUCAACGUUCAGUUUGACUUCAAUGAUUUUCGUAUCAAGGACAAUUGCCUGGUUUCCUCAGUGACGGCAGGGUUUUUCCUGGAACAAUUUUUGAACAAAACAGAUUUGAAAACUUGGGGCACAAUCCGGUUUUUACAUUCUCUGACUUUAAAACGAAGGCAGCGUGCUCAAAUCCUUCUGAAUGAGAAAUCAAUAGCAAUUGCAAAUCAGUAACUAAUACUUAUACCUGUUAUGCCUAUGAAAGUAAAGUGAAAUCUUCUGUUAAUGGCUCUUUCCAUCAGGUUGAACAAAUUGUUCGGAGGGCCUCAAAAAGUUGAAGUGUUCGGUGAUAUUGCCGCAGUGUUGGAAAUGAACAUUGUUGUCCAUGGAUCCCAUGGAAUAUUAUAUAUGUUUCCCCCGACAUAUGCUCCUCAACGACCUAGCUUGAACUUGUUCUUGAGGCCAGAUGGUGUGGAUUGCAUUGCUCACAUAUCAGUAAUCACAUACAUGUCAUUGUUUGAAAAGACCAUGAAGAAGCGAUGUUAUUUCUGUAGAAGCGUGUUCCAUUAUCGAAGUACUCACUCUUGUGAGAAAAGCAAGCCUUGUCUGAAGUGCAAGAGACCGAUUUUGCUUGAGGACUAUUUCAACGGACCAAGUAUGAAAAAUACUUAUUGUCCCUCUACUUUGACGGAAUCCAAUUGGGAGCUAAAAUGUCAACAUUGUGGUCAAGAAUUUCAGUUAAGACAUAAAAUGCCGACUGGUCAUAUUUGACAAUUAUUAAUUGCGAGUUUUUUUAGUCUAGAAACUGUUUGGAAGUGCAUACGAAAUCUUGCCGGCAUACUUUGUACUUCCCUUGUUGCAAUCGUCAAUUGCGGGUUCGAGGGAAGUUCCCAAUUGAGUUGCGAGCCAUUCAUGAUUGCUCUAAGAAAUUCUGCCGAUGCCGAGAAAUUGUUCAAAGGGGGAACAAAGAAGACCAUUGGUGUGAAGGGAGACAACAGGACGUCCAGAGGAGCCACGAAAAGCUUGGAUUCUUUACUGUUGGCUUUUUGAACUCUGGAUAACCCACCUUGUGCAUAGCAUACCAUCAAUCCAGUUCCAGCUAUUGUUUCAACAAACAUACCAUAAUUGGAGAAAAUGGAUCGCUACUGGGGGCAGACACUAAAGAGGAAGACGCCAUUGUAGAAGAUCCUUACCUGGAGGUGGAAGAUUCUUCACUUUAUGUCAAACAGAAGAAAUUUGGCCAUGUUGCCGUGGCCGAGACUCCCGAUUUUGUUGGAGCAAGAUUUGAAUCACGAAUGUGCAAAGUUUUAACAGCACAACCUAAUACCACUUGGCUCUGCAAUGACGACCAAUCUUUGGAAUAUGUCUUAAAGUUGUUCACUUCAAGUUCGAUCCCCGCCAAAACGGUAAAAAAUGGGUCCUGUCUCUAUGCCAUUUUUUUUGAGAGCCCAAAUGUAAAAAUAACCAAUUUUAUGAAUUAUUUUUCUUUGCCGACAUGUAAAAUUUUGAAGCAAAUGAAUAUUGCCACUUUUUUCCCCACGAGAUUGCUGGAGAGGCACUUUCUUGAUUAUGAAGGUGCCAUUCCCAAGAUUGAGAAUUUUCUCGAGGAACAAACCCCCAUUGAAGAGAAAAUGGCCAUCUGGGAUUUUCACGGCAAAUUCCAACAGGGGCAUGUUUGGCGUUGUCGAGAGCAACUGGACAUAUUCUUGGACACUGGCUUUCGAGGGAUAAUUCGUCUGGCUUCUGACCUAUUAAGCCAGAUCAAGCCAGACUUCAAAAAGAAUUAUGCCAAGUGUACCAAAUGCCUCCUUUAAAGUGCUUUUUUCAUCCGUUUUCUUCGCCCAACACAACUCGAGCAGGUAUUGUUUUUGAGCUGGAUGUUUGGCAAAUUGAAAGCCAUUCAAAAUUUUCUAAAUCCAAUUAGGUUACAAUCAUCGGCUCUACAAGUUGUUCCAUUCACUAAAUCCACGAGCAUCCUCGUCCAAAAUAUAUCCCAUCUCAAGAAACGUCGUGGGAGGUAAGGUCAAUACUUGUCUUUUAGAGCAAAGGGCGAUCCAGUUCUUGUUGAAAAACAUGGGUUCUCAUGUGAAUGAGGGAGUCUAUCAUGUUUUGUCGCCUUAUGGUCCAUUCACUUUUGGUCGCUUGACUCCCAAUCUCCUCAUCAAGGCAAAACCGCAAAACCGUGCUUUUUUCAUUCAUGGCUGUUUCAUGAAAGGUCAUGAACGAGAGAAUUGCAAAAUCUUUCCAAAGGACUUGUGUCAGUUAGAGAAAAACAUUUUUGGGCUCGACUAUGCAUAGCGUAAAGCAUUGAGGUAACUGAGCUCUGGGAGUGCGAACAUAAAUUUAACCAAAGUUACCAACACUUUGUCCAAUACGAGUUCAAGGAGAAGCCAUUGACAAGACUUCGCCCGGAAGACGCCCUUUCUGGCGGCAUCAACGAGAUUAUACAACUUCAUUGGACUGUGAAAAAGAAACCCGAUGAGAAGUUUGUGGCGUAUGACAUUAAUUCGUUGUACAAAUCCAUAGCCAUUGAUACAAAAUAACCCAUGGGCAAACCUUAGAUUAUCACCGAAAGCGAGGAUAUUCACAUUGAAAACCAUUGAUUUCUUUAUGGGAGCGAAAGGCUGAUUGGAUUGGUGUUUUGUAGGCUAGUGGCUCCUCGUGAAUCAAAACUGGCUUACAUUCCCAUUUUACUCGGUCAUCAGCAUCAUUGGGUUUUGUGUUAUGCAUGCCUUCGACAAGAGAAAAAGAUGUAUGUAAGCAUCGUACAAAGGCACGAAGUUUUCGUGGAACAUUCUACGUUGCUCAAGUAGAGUAUGCGCUAGAUAUGGGCUACCAAGUUUUGCAUGCUUUUGAGGCAUUACAUUACCAAAGUCAAGAGUAUUUAGAGAGGCCCUUUUUAUUACUUUUUGCAAAGAAAAAAAUUGAAUUUACUUUGGCAAAUAAACUUGCAUCGAAAACGGAGAUUUUGGACAAGGAAAACGAAAUGAAUCUUGACAUUCCAGUGCUCAAACUUCGCACUUCUUCGAAUGAGCUAUCCCCUCUGCUUCAAGGAUUUUAUAAAAGGGCUCCCAACGAUAUCUUUGGGAAAUUCAUGGCCAAGCCGGGCCCCAACACCUCAAUUGUGCAUUCCAAUGCAGAAAUCUACGAUGUCUUUUUUUCAAAGGCAAGAAAACACAUGGACGUCAAUCCAAUCACGGAACCUAUCUGCGAAGUGACAACGGAGUGUAUCACCGAUUGGUCCUUCAUUGGAGGCAACCUGAUGGCUGGAAUGGCCAUUGUUUUGGAAGCUCAAAUGUUCAUGCUACAAAAGAUGACGGCACUAAUGCAAAGGAAUGUCAAUGUAUUGGGAAUUGCCACCGAUGGCUUGUUUCUCAGCUACCCUAAGACACUUGAUCCUCCUGUGGAAGUGAGCUUGACAUUGGGCAAGUUCGAAGAUGCAUAUCCGCGCCAUGAAAAGGAUAAUUGCAUCAAAGAGUUCAUGGCACUCAAUUCGAGGGAUUAUUGCAUCCAAUUCAUGGACGGGCAAAUGGUAGUUAAGCUCAGAGGAUUCAAUCUAACGGCUCCGGUAAUCCUUCAUGACCCAGGUUGCCUCAAUCAAGAAGGCAAUUUUGGAACGCAGAAGGUCUUGUCUUAAGAUCGAUCAAUUCCGAUUGAGAAAAGGCAUUGGAGUAUCACCGGUUAUAAAGAAAAUUGCGUUCAACUUCACACCAUACGUUUCCCGCCGUAUUGAUUUGAAAACAGCGACGGCGAUUUGAAGACGUUACCAUUAGGAAUAAAGAGUCUCAAAUAACGGCUUUGAGACGGGCAAUGGCUAUUGACACAAGCCUCUCUUCUUCCUCUUCCUCUUCUUCAAGUGUGGGUGCGGGUGAUGCGGGUGGAGAGGGAAACGGAGUGGCCGAACCAAAGGGCGGAAGCUCCUCUUCCCUUCCAAGUGAAAAGUAUGGAUCGGCCAGAUCGGAUAUGGAUGAAACCGCUCCUUCUCCAGAUGGGCUUUUCCGAGAUGUCACUACAGUUCUUCCUCGCCUGACAAAACGCCAAAUCACACCGAACACAAGCACCACCAAAGCGGCAAUCAGACAAGACAAGCCGCCCGCCUCUAACCAUAAGUCAGAUUUGCCUCCUGGAUCUGCGGAAUGACAAGCAACUGUCCAACAAGGAACGUUACUGAAAUGGAUGAAAAAUAGUUGAUUGAUCGGCAAGUUAAUCUGUAAUCAAAUUAUGAGCAUGAGUCUGAAUAAAAGA